CUCUCUCUCUCUCUCAUGGACGACAUAGAGGAUUUAGUGGGAGCUGGUGCUCCUCCUGGGUUUCGCUUGCCUUUGAGCAGCGUUGGAGUGAAUCUCAAGAAGAAGAGGAACGAUAAGUUCUAUCAAACCCAAGACUCUCCCUCUCCCAAAAUCCCUGGCACUCAGACGAUAUAUAUUAAGACCUUUGGGUGCUCACACAACCAGAGCGACAGUGAAUACAUGGCUGGUCAGCUUUCAGCUUUUGGCUACUCGUUAAGUGGCAAUCCUCAGGAAGCAGACCUGUGGCUAAUAAACACAUGCACAGUCAAAUCCCCGAGUCAGUCGGCCAUGGACACUCUAAUAGCAAAAUGCAAAAUUGCAAAAAAGCCCCUAGUGGUGGCAGGGUGUGUGCCUCAAGGAAGUCGAGACUUGAAAGAGCUCGAAGGGGUCAGUAUAGUCGGAGUCCAGCAAAUUGACCGAGUGGUUGAAGUUGUGGAAGAGACCUUGAAAGGUCAUGAGGUGCGGCUAUUGAAUCGCAAGACAUUGCCAGCGCUUGACCUCCCGAAGGUGAGAAGGAACAAGUUUGUUGAGAUUCUUCCAAUUAAUGUUGGUUGUUUAGGUGCUUGUACUUAUUGCAAGACAAAGCAUGCUCGUGGUCAUUUAGGGAGCUACACGAUUGAUAGCCUUGCCGGGCGUGUAAAAUCUGUUAUAGCUGAUGGAGUGAAGGAGAUAUGGUUGAGCAGUGAAGAUACUGGAGCCUAUGGUCGUGACAUUGGGGUCAAUCUUCCAACUUUGUUAAAUGCUAUUGUUUCUGAGCUUCCUCCUGAUGCAAGCACGAUGCUUCGGAUUGGGAUGACAAAUCCUCCUUUUAUUCUCGAGCACUUGAAAGAGAUAGCAGAGGUUUUGUGUCACCCAUGUGUAUACUCAUUUCUACAUGUACCAGUUCAAUCUGGGAGUGAUGCUGUCUUACGUGCAAUGAAUCGGGAAUAUACCGAGAGCGAGUUUAGGACUGUGGUUGAUACCUUGAUUGAGCUUGUGCCUGGGAUGCAGAUAGCAACCGAUAUCAUAUGUGGAUUUCCUGGUGAAACGAAUGAAGAUUUUGCUCAAACUGUCAGUCUUAUUAAGAAGUACAAGUUCCCUCAAGUUCAUAUAUCUCAGUUUUAUCCUCGACCAGGGACGCCUGCAGCAAGGAUGAAAAAGGUUCCAAGUGCUGUAGUGAAGAAACGAAGUCGUGAGUUGACUUCUGUUUUUGAAGCCUUCACACCAUAUAAUGGAAUGGAGGGCAGAAUAGAAAGAAUAUGGAUAACUGAAGUUGCAGCAGAUGGAAUUCACUUGGUUGGCCAUACCAAGGGAUACGUGCAGGUGCUAGUGGUUGCUCCAGAAAGUAUGCUGGGAGUUUCAGCUAUUGUGAAGAUAACAUCUGUUGGAAGGUGGUCAGUUUUUGGAGAGGUGAUGGAGACUAUCAACCACAAAAAUCAUAAAUCAGCGUCGAGAAAGGAUACUAGUGAGGAUAACUUUUCUCCUUGCUCUAACGCUUGUGAAAGUUAUGAGUGUACAAGAGAACGGGAACCCUGUGCUUGUUGCGGACCUGAAAGCUGUGUAGGACAGACUACUUUAGAGGAAAGUGCUGCUUCAGGGAAUUCCAUGUUUCCAGAAGAUCUAAACAGCCGAUACUUGAUCGGAUGGUUAUUAAGAAAGCGGAAGAACCACGCCAACAAAAGAGUGGAGGGAGAAAUUGCGUCGGGAUCCAAGAGAAAGCAAGAAUGGACCCAAGGAAGCAUUGGUGAGUGGAGUGUAGUCGAUAAGGCCCUGCUGGGUGGAAUGCUUAUGAGUUUCUUUGCUAUCAUGGCUUUACUGAUACUUCUAGGUAUUCGGUCUCUGUCAUCCAAUUAAUGGAAGUCUUUUUCUUUUUCUCUUUCUCUAGGAGCAUCGAAGAAAGAUUUGCCGAGGUUGAAUGAUUAUUUUUUUUUCUUUCUUUUUAAUUUUUGUUUUUGGAGGUGAAUUUUGUUAGACGAAUGUUAUGCGGAAUCUUGUUUAGUAA